AGAAUCCAUCCAAUUUAAUGCUUGGGAGAAAUUUUAGGGGUACUUAUAGAGCAAGACAGACCUCAUUUUCAACAUUGGUGGGACCGUCAUCUUCUGUCAAACAGACCAUCAGUUACCAUGCGCUUCACCACCCUUUUCGCCGUCGGCCUCUCUGCUCUGGCAUUGGCAAGUCCCGUCGCCGAGCCCCAGGAUGACAUUCAAGAUCCCUCUCCGCUUGCCCUCGAGGACAGGGCGUACCAACCAACCUACUACGUUAUCUCUUGCCAGGUGACCGCUAGCGCCUUGAAAUACCGGACCUGUGGAAGCUCGACCUGCCCCGCAGUAGGGCAGUACACUAAGGGCAAAGUCCUUCCAGUCCACAAGGUCCUGCGAAACGAGAUUCCCGCCUGGUACCACCUUAAGAAUGGGUACUAUGUUUCCUCGCAAUACUGCUCCGUCUAUGGAGGUUCGGCGACCUAGUACAGUUGAAGGGUGUAUCGGCGCUUCCUAUGCAAUGCGCCGAGGAGUACUGCAUGCGUCCCAGGUUACUCAAGAUGUUUAAUAUAACCGCGGAUCCCAUUCUUGCAACAAAUACGAAGCAUGGCUCCCGGGGGCGUUCAAGAGAGUGUGUGUUCGGGCGAACGUUUGUCGGUCAAGACCUACGAUAGAUAUGCCCGCACGUUUGGCAC